AUGGACGACGGGAGGGAGCUCUGCGGCGGCGCAGGAGGGAGCUCCGCGGCUGCGCGCAGUAGUGUAGGAUCGAAAGGGCUUCUGAAGACAAUUUAUGUCAACAAGAUGGUCAAAGCUGGUUACAUAGUUAAAAUAUUGAUAGCAGAUUGGUUUGCCCAACGGAACCAUAGGAUUUGCAGCAAUAAAUAUGUAAUAAGGAAAAUUGGCUGCUACAAUAUUGAGAUGUGGAAAGCAGCUGGCAUGGAUCUUGACAGAGUAGAGCUUGUAUGGUUCUCAGAUGUGUUGGAAAGGCAUGCAUCUGAUUACUGGCCACUUGCCCUGGAUGUCUCCAGAAAAUGCACUCUAAAAAGAAUGGCAAGCUGUUGCACGGAAACAGCCCCAUAUGACGCGCGACUGCCUGCUGCUGUGAUAUUUUACCCAUGCAUGCAAGUUGCUGCUAUAUUAUGUCCGAAGUUGCAGGCGGAUAUAUGGCUCUUCAGCAUGGAUCAGCAAGAAAUUGUCAUGCUAACCAGAGAGUAUUGUGAAGACAUAAAAAGCGAAAGCAAACCAACUAUUAUGUUGCACAAUACACUACCUAAUUUAGUAGAUAAUCCUUAUAUUGUACUAAAGGACCCUUAUAACAUGAGGGAACCAAAAUGGAACAUCUUCAUGCACGAUAAGGAGUGCGCUUUGAAUGGAAAAAUAAGCAGGGCUGUCUGUCCUCCAAAAGUAGCAGUAUGCAACCCAUGUUUGGAGUACAUCAAAUAUGUUAUCUUCCCUUGGUUUGGGAAGUUUGAGGUAGCGCAGAAGGAACAGAGUGGUGUUAACAAGUCAUUUGAAUGCAUGGAAGAUCUUAUUGUUGAUUAUGAAAGUGGCCAUCUUGAUCCUCUCAACGUUAAGUUGGCUUUUGAAAAAGGAAUAUGCAAAAUAUUAGAGCAUGUUGGUACCUGCCUGAACAGCAACGCCGAAGCCCAAGCUCUAAUUAUUGACCUUAUGGGAUAUACUGAUGCCAGUGGGUUGAGGAGAUACUAGAUCGCCUCAGGAGUAUCACAUAUAUUUGUGCAAGUGCAAGGGGAUGCAAAUUCUUUGCGAUUUCCAUGGUGCGUCCUGGGAAAUGCAACGUGUAGAAGUAAAUAGUAUUUUUGAAUUUAUUAUGGAAGACUUUGUAGCUUGGUUCUGGCCUUGUGUGAUUCC